AUGCAUUCGUCAUCAUCAACAUCCCUUUCAUCGUUAACGGAUAAUUCAAGCACAGAUGAUAGCGUAAAUGUGGCAAAAUUUCCUGUUAGCAAAAGCAUUCCAAACAUACCUGACGAUGAUUAUGGCGUGGAAGUAGAUGGUGAAAUAAUUGAGAAUGAAGCUGAAGAAGGAGAAUGUAAUGAUAAUGAUAAAAUGGAUGAUCAAUCAGUAAAUCAGAAAAAGCUGCUAUCUAUGCCAUUAAUAUAUCAAAUGAAUCUAAAUAAAAAUAAGAAUAUUCGUGGAACUGUAAUUGGUCCAUCAGAUGAAAAUUUUCAUCCGGUAAAAGUAAGCGAAAAACUCCGAGAAGCCUUAAAUGGUCUUGAUACAAACGAGAAGGUAAUCAUUGAGGUCACGGUGGGUCAUAAUAAUUUUCAACGCCAACAAAUUAUGAAUGCAUAUGAAUGUUUAUAUUCCAAGAUGCUAAUGGAUGACUUAAAAAAUGAACUUGGUGGAUUUCUUUUGGACACUAUUUUAGCUCUGUUUAUUCCUACUCAUGUCUACUUGGCCAAUUUACUCCAUCAAUCACUUUGUAAUAAUAAACUGAGUCGUGCUAUUGCAGUAGAAAUUGCAUGUACACGAACAACAACGCAAAUGAAAGCAAUCAAGAAUGCAUAUCGGACAGCAUUUUGCAGUACUCUCGAGCAAGAUGUACUGAUUAAGGUAGAAGGAAUGUUUGGUGUAAUGCUUCAAUUAUUGCUCUGUGAGCCUCGUAAUGAGCAAAUCAAUGAAGCUAAUGUGUUGAUAGAAGAACAUGUCAAUCUCAUUGUAAAGGAUUCAAAUGGAAUCGAAAAGAUAAGCCAUAAUGUAGCGCUAUUUGAAAAACUUUUCAUCGGUCAUCCUUGGAGUCAUAUUGCUAUGGUCAUCGAUACCAUAGAUGCUAAACUUGGUGGCAAUGGACAUUUCGUCGAAACGCAAAUUAUUUAUAACGGAAAUAUUCCAAAUGACAUCAAAAAUAUGUUGCUUACUAUUGUGAAAAUCUCUCGUAACACGCAGUGGUAUUUUGCGGAGAAAUUACACGAUGCAUUGUGCAGUUCAAAACCUGACUAUAAAACUAUUAUAAGGAUCAUUGUAAGUAGGAGUGAGAUUGAUUUAUCGAAUAUUUGCUAUGAAUACAUUCAGCACUACAACCAUCCACUCAUUUUUGAUAUCCGAAAAAUAUGUCGCGGUGAAUAUUAUCAGUUACUCACUUCACUUCUCUCAGAGCAGAAGCAAAAUUCUUAG